CUUCCAUCUACUGCUCUCUCUCUCACACCCUUCACCUCUUCUCAGGACGGAUACUCCGCUCCCUAACACACCUCAUAACAACCAACGAGACCAGCGAAGGAGAUAAGCCGAGUCAGAAAAAAAAGACAAAACGAAAAACCUGCACGCACGCACCUUCACCGCCUUUUGUUAUCAAAUAGCCACACACGUCCAUGAACGUCGCUUCGUUACUUUCAGAUGCUCCUACCCCAUCUCCAAGGGAGCGAGAAUCUCAGCUCCACCAGCAACAACAACAGCAACAGCAACAGCAACAGCAAGAACGACAAGAACGACAAGAACGACAACUACAUCACCUCUACGACUCCUCUGCUCAACCACCAUCUUCAACUGCAACGAAUGCGACGACCCCUCAUGAUGCCCGCUUUGUCCAACGCCCUCCCCCGCAUGAUUCUCAUCGACAUCCACACGCAUCCUAUACCUCACCUAGUGGCACCUCCUCUUCAGGACCACAAUCUUCGCCUAUAAUGCAACGAUCUCCCGCCUAUGGUAAUGUAGGUUCAAGUGGUAGUGCCUCUUACGAGCCACGCGAGCGGGAACGUACAAGGUCAAACUCCUCCACCUUAUCUGGCUCUCGCUAUGGUCCUGGCGCAGGAGGUGGUGGGCCUGCAAUUAACAACGGUAAUAGCACGAGUUCUCCAGAUCUGCAGCAGCAGCAGCAGCAGCAGCAAGGCGGACCCUAUUCAACUGCUUUAUAUUCAACCGGAAACGCCACGAGUAUGACCUCGAGUACUGCUCCCACUUCAGCUGGUAACAUUACGACGGCAAGAGAACGUGAAAGGGAACCGCCCACUUCGCCUAGCUAUAAUAUCUCUGCCUACCCCACCGCAACCAACCCCGCUGCCAACACUUCAUCUUCCCACAACCACCACCAUCAUUAUCAAUCUCAUCGAACGUCUCAUACAGUCCCACCCACGCCUCUCCCUCUUCACUCACCACAUGAUUACGCCCCGUUGUCAUCCCGCUCAGCAGGUCCAGGCGAACUUCCCGAGAUGCGGCAUUAUGUCGUAAAUCCUCCUAACACCGCCCCGACCACUGCAUCUGCGACGGCCACUACGCAGUCGCAACAACAACACCAUCUUCCCACACCCACAAAUAACAUUAAUAACAACAGUUCUGCGACUAUGAGUAGUGGUAACAGCGGGAAUGGGAACAACAAUUCAAUGAGUACGGAUCGUGGUGGUAGUGCUAUUAAUAUUGGUGGCAGUAACCUUGGGAACCACCUUUCCGGAAGCGGUAGCACUGCCAUCAUCACUUCGAUCUCUCCUUCAGGUACUUCGACAGGGAUCAGCGCUACCUCUCGAAGUGUUAGUGGCGGUCACCAUGGGUCUGGAUCAUCGUAUGGGGAUUUGAGUGGAAGAAGGGAUGUUUCGCCUACGUCAAGGCUCAAGACGGAGAGGGGCAGUUUACAUGGUGUCGUCGACAGGGAUCCUCAUCCUUCACUCGUGCACUCUCAUUCAGGCCUUUCUCUCUCAUCGGGUCACUUGGGUCAUCCUCACUCGGGUCACUCACAUAGACACUCUUCACCAACUCAUAUUCCAUCUCAAUCCUAUAAUACUCCACCGUCCUCCGUAGGUAUCGUUGGUGGUCAACCAACGGUUACUGGGUCUGUGCCUGGUUCGCAGUCCCAGAGUGGUGGUGCGUCGAGGGUGGGGACGUUACCUAUUCCCCCUUCAACAACUGGCAGAGUCGAUAGAGAGCGGGAUAGAGCGGACAGGGAUCGUGACCGUGAUCGGGAGAGAGACCGGGACAGGGAGCGUGAUAGGGAUCGAAUCGGCGGCGGCAGCGGUGCUCCGAGGGGCGUCAAGAGGAGUGCUACGGUGUUGUCUUCGUCGAUAUCAGGAGUUGGGGCUCCUAGUUCCAAUACGGUGGGAACGUUUAUGGGUUCCGGCAGUGUCGGUGUGCAGGGACAGGGACAGAUGUUGCAACAGCAGAUGGGUAAUGGAGUGGGUGAUAGCCCGAGACAGCAGCUUAUGGAGUCGGGUUCUUCGAGGAGGGAGCGGGAUAGGGAUAGGAGGGAGAGAGAGCGAGAAAGAGAUCCGAAUGUAAGAGAACGGGAACGCGAGAGAGAUCGUGUGGUUGCUGUCGCUGCGUAUGGGAUCGUGCCUUCUGCUGAUCCAACGGUUGGUGGUGCUGGACCGCCGAUUGUUGGAGUGAUGCCUCCACCAAUGCCACAAACGCCAUCGUCCGUCGUUGUCGGUCCUCCUGCCUUGUCUUCUCAUCGUGAGCGCGAGAGGGAGAGGUUCCCCGUGGGAGGCGUCGACAGGGAAAGGGAGAUGCGAUAUGAGGUUAGUGCGAUGAACGUUGGAGGGAAUAUGAGCCCUCCGGCGUAUUUGAGGGGUGUUGGUGGUAGCGAUAGAGGUGGUGUUCUGGUGAAGGGUCCUCCGUCGUUGUCUCCCACUGCUGCUAGCGUUGGAGCAGGAAGAGUGCAAGUUCCUCAACCUCAACCUCCUUCGUCGCCAUCUACCGCCCUUGAAUAUGGUGGAACCCCGAUCUUGGCACAACAAAUUGCAGGCCAUGUUCAUGGUCAUCCUCAUCCUCAUUCGCACUCGCACCCGCAUCCCCAUUCUCUCUCGCACGCGCACUCACACUCACAACCUCAUUCUCAUCACCCACAUAACCAUACUCAUACGCAUCACGCUCAUACUCAUCAUGCGCAUUCACUCCCUCACUCACAUCCUCAUACACAUAGUGGUGGUGUUGGAACGUUGCUGUCCCCAUCGCCUUUUGGUACUCCGUCCUUACAUGGGAUGCAUGUUGGUGGGGUGGGUAUGAACAUGGGUGUUAGUACGGGGAGUGGUGGUGGCGGGGUUGGGAUGACGCUAGGGGAGGUUAUCGACGGCGUCGAGGGAAGGUUGGGUCCUGGGAGGAGUAUUUCUAGUCCUGAGAGACCUCCAUUUGGUGGUGUCGGUGUGGCGACGACGACGUCCACAUCUGGGCCUCUGGGCAUUAUUGAGGAUGCGAAGAGACGUGAGGCUGGUCAAAGUCAGAGAGAAAGGGACCGAGAGAUGGAGAGGGAGGGACCGAGAGAGGGACAAGGGCAGAGACAGAGUCCGUUGCCUUAUCCUGGUCAUGCGAUAAAGAUUCACCAUCACCAUUAUCAUCCGAAUGAGAGGAAAUCGAGCGUUCCGAAGGUGGCAGCGAUGAGCCGGGUGAGAGGAAGGACUUGAAAGUCAGGCUUUUUUGGAGGGGGAUUAAGGCGAAGUUUACGGGUAGCAUGGGACCUGAAUCUGGAGGGAGUAUUCAGAGUGCUUCGUGGGGCAACAG